UCCUGUUCCUGCUGUCUGCACUGAUGUUGCUGGAGGGUAAGGCUCAUGUUGCUGCCGUCGAUGUUGCCGUUGCCGUUGCCGUCUUCCGUUUCGGCUUCCAUUUCGGUUUCAGUUUCAGUUUCCGCUUCAGUUUCACUGCGGAGUUGGUCGGGUGCACACGACGCGCUCUGCCUCUGCCUGGGAAAACCCGACGACUUGCUGCCGAGUGUGUCUGGCCCUGUUUUGUUUUUUUUGUGUGCUGAGUUCUCUUGGCUAACCAGCGUUCAGUUGGUCAGUGAGUCAGUGAGCUAGUGAAUCCGAUGGGCGAGCGGCAGGCGAACGUCUCUGCCCAACCACGCCCCCCUACCCCCACCGGCGGCAGCCAAAUUAUUUAUAAAGGACAGCAACUAGUUGGGCGAAUGUGAGUAGGAAAAGUGUGGAAAAGCGAAAAAAAGCGAGGAAUAGCAAGGAAAAUCGAGGAGCAAAACGCAGGCUGCCAUAGGCGAUACUUUGCUCUCUGCUGGCGUCGGCAUACGAAAAACAAAUACAAAUCUACGAAAUACAUUUUACGCGCGCGUGAAGAGGAGCGGAGUUGCGGCGAAAAGCUUUGGGCAAUCUCCGCAAUCCCCAAACACACGCCCACGCGCAUCCAGAACGCUUCUCCUGCGAAAUGGUGCAAACCAGUGCAGAUGGCUCCGAUUACAAGGAGCGGCUGAUAGCCAGCGUGAAGAAGGAGGUCAAGCAGCUGAUGGAGGAGGCGGUGACCAAGAAGUUCGUCCACGAGGAGAGCAGCUCGGUGACCUCGCUGUGCGGCGCCGUGGAGGCCUGUCUGAGUCAGGGACUUCGCCGGCGGGCCUUGGGAUUGUUCAAGACCUCCUCGACGACGGCGCUGCUGCACAAGAUCGCCAAGAGUUGCCCGGAGGCGGAGCACAUCAGCAAGCUGGUGCAGGAGAUCGAGGCCAGUGAUCCCAGCAAGCGGUCCUCCAGCAGCAGCGACAGCUUCCAGCGGCCGCCGAUGCUCAAGAAGAGCAGCAGCAACUCGAUGUCCGCCGGCACCAGUGUGGCGGCCACCUCGUCCUCCGCCUCCGCCUCCAUCAGCGUCAGUGCCAGCAACUCCAGCAUGUCCCUGGCCAGCAUGAAAUAUUUGUGGAUUCGGUUGGCUCUCUACGAGAAGCGACUCACCAAAAUCAUUGAGUAUCUGGUGAGCAAUGCCAGCAGCUUCUACGACCGCGACUCGCUGGUGGCCGAUUCGGAUUAUGGAUCCAUCCUGAGCUCCCUGCUGGUGGGUCCUUGUGCCCUGGAGUUCACAAGGGCCAAGACAGCCGAUCACUAUUGGACCGAUCCGCAUGCAGAUGAACUUGUGCAACGCCAUCGGAUAAGCUCGUGCCGUCGCUCCUCGUCGACCUGCUCCCGUCCGGCGAUCAUCAACUUCAAGCGGAGCCUGAACACCAGCUCUGACGAGGCGAGCAGUGGGUCCUUCAAGUCGAUAGCCUCGGCCAGCGUGGCCAAGGAUUAUGUGGAGUCGCUGCACCAGAACGCCAAGGCCACUCUGCUCUACGGGAAGAACAAUGUGCAGGUGCUGCCCAAGGAUGUGGCCGAGCCGAUGCCCGGCUAUCUCAGUCUGCACCAGCACAUCCAGACGUUGACCAUUAAGUGGACACCGAAUCAGCUGAUGAACGGCUACAACGAGACGGAGGAGGCGGAGGACAUCGAUAAGGACGCCUUCUGGGCGUACGCGCUGAACAUCAACGUGGACGAGAUCGUCUAUGUGCAUUGCCACCAGAGUCGCGGCGAGGACAGCGGCGGCACCGUCAUCCUGGUGGGCCAGGACGGCGUCCAGCGGCCGCCGAUCCACUUUCCCGAGGGCGGGCACAUGCAGCAGUUUCUCAGCUGCCUGGAAACGGGUCUCCUGCCGCACGGCCAACUGGAUCCGCCACUGUGGUCGCAGCGAGGCAUCGGCAAGAUGUUCCUCUGGCCCCGCAGCAUGCGACGCCGCAUCCUGCCGUCGGUCAUGGAGUCCGUGGACGAGACGCCCAUCGACUACGUCUUCCGCAUCGUCAGCAAAAGCCGCCACGAGGAGUUCGCUGCCACCCACUCGAUCCUGGACUUUGUGCGGAGCACUCCGCGGCGGGCGCAGCUGAGCAGCUGCUCCACAACGGGCAGCAGCGACUGCUCCAACAAGAGCCUCUCCAUCGACCAGUUCCCGCUGGAGUCGCCGCUGCUCCUCCACCAGCAGCAGCAGCAGCAGCAGCAGCUGCUCCAGGCGCAGAGCACCAGCAUCGAGAUGGUCUGCUCCACGAUGCGCAGGCAGAUCAUCUCGAGGGCCUUCUACGGCUGGCUGGCCUACUGCCGCCACCUCUCCACGGUGCGCACCCACUUGUCCGGCCUGGUCCACGGCCGAAUUACGCCGGAAAUGAAAGCCGAUGAGGAGGGUCUGACCAAGGAGCGCUGGCAGCUCCUGAAUGUGGAUGGAGUCCUGGAGAAUGCGACGGAGUUCUACCGCCUGGUCUACUUCGGUGGCGUGCAGCCGGAGCUGCGGCAGGAGGUGUGGCCCUAUCUGCUGGGCCACUACGCCUUCGGCUCCACCGCGGAGGAUCGCCGGAAGCAGGACGAGACGUGCAAGCACUACUACGAGACGACGAUGAGCGAGUGGCUGGCGGUGGACGCCAUUGUGCAGCAGCGGGAAAAGGAGAAGACCGCCCGGGCGGUGGCCAAAUUGAGUUCCGGCAGCAAUUCCGGCAACGAACGGACCGUGAGGGCAGCCGAUCUCGAGGCGGGCGGCGAACUGGAGAACGAGGUGUUCGAGGACAUCUCCGACAUAUCCGAUCCCGGUGAUCUGGAGUUCGAUGAGCAGCAACAGCAGCAGCUGCAGCAGCAGCAACAGCAGGUGGAGUGCCAAUCGAGUGGCAAUCACCUGAUUGUCAAGCCCAUUCCCAGGGCAAUGAAGACCAGCACGGAUUCGGGGCAUGUCGACGAAGGCGAUAACUUCAAUGAGCUGGACGAGCAGGAGGAGGAGGAGGAGGAUGAGGAGUUGGUGGGUGGCAAGCCCAAGGAGCAGCAGGAGGAUCAGCUAAAUCCGGAGCCGACCAGCUCGACCUCCACAGCCUCCUCGUACGAGACAGUGGGUCCGGGCGGCACCCGCGACACCCGCAGCGUCCUCAGCCCAGAGUAUCUGAGUGCCGACGAUCUGCAGCUGCCGGAGGAUGAGGAUGCAGUGAAGCAGCCACCGCCACCGCCGCCGCUGGCACAGCAACAAACGGCGGCUGUCAUCAUCACCAAGGCAUCCGUGGACAUAACCCACUGGGAGCGGAGUCCCAAGGCCGGAGAGGGCGACCAAAUGUCACCCGUGGAGGAGCAGGCUGGCGAAUCCGGCGGUGCAGCUGGCGUUAAUCUGGACGCCCUGCAGCAGCCCAAGUCCGCCUGCGCCUCGCCAGCCAGUUCCAAUGGUGGGGUCUAUAGUAGCGAACUGCUGGAACAGUUCGGCCUGAAUCUGCACCGGAUCGAGAAGGAUGUGCAGCGGUGCGACAGGAACUACUGGUACUUCGCCAACGAGAACCUGGACAAGCUGCGCAACGUGAUCUCCACGUACGUGUGGGAGCACCUGGACGUGGGCUACAUGCAGGGCAUGUGCGACCUGGUGGCUCCGCUCCUGGUCAUCUUCGACGACGAGUCGCUCAGCUACAGCUGCUUCUGCAAGCUCAUGGAGCGCAUGAUCGAGAACUUCCCCAGCGGCGGGGCCAUGGACAUGCACUUUGCGAACAUGCGAUCCCUCAUCCAGAUCCUCGACUCGGAGAUGUACGACCUGAUGGACUCGAAUGGCGACUACACGCACUUCUACUUCUGCUACCGCUGGUUCCUGCUCGACUUCAAGAGGGAGCUCGUCUACGACGACGUCUUCGCCACCUGGGAGGUGAUCUGGGCGGCCAAGCACAUCGCCUCCGGCCACUUCGUCCUCUUUUUGGCCCUGGCCCUGCUGGAGACCUACCGCGACAUCAUCCUGUCCAACAGCAUGGACUUCACCGAUGUCAUCAAGUUCUUCAAUGAAAUGGCCGAACGUCACAAUGCCCAGUCGGUGCUGCAGUUGGCCCGGAGUCUGGUCCUCCAGCUGCAGAUGAUCAUCGAGAACAAGUAGUGGAAUGGCCGUAUAGAGCACCAUUGUAGAUCGUAGU